CGAUGAUGAUGUUCGUCGGCCGAACGGGCCGAAGCUCAGAUCCAUUGAGUUUGGGUCUUCGUGAGCUUUGCUGCGUAUGGGUCGAAUCGUUUCGAUGUCCAAGAGCAAAAACCCCAAAGGGCUCCUUGAAAUAAGGGUUCCGUGGAUGGCCCCGAAGACUCGGAAAGACCAUGUUCCUCUACGAAGAGGUCGUUGUUCCACUUCCGGGAGAGUAUUAGAUCUAAGUCUGCCGACCAGUAGAGACCUGCAGGGAUAUUCUUGGAAGUUGUUUAUUUUACGGGCUGGUCAAUCCGGCUGCACCCUCGUGGCUCAGACAGCUCCCGAAAAUUCGGGCGCAACCGGCUGCGCGGUUGACCACAACCGUCUCGGGGCACGUUUCGCCAUGGAUGUCGAUGUGACCUUUGAUGGCUCACCAGGCAGAGUUCGUUUUUCCACCCCGAGGAAUGCUCCCGUUUUGCCGAUCCUCUCCAGGGACCUGGCAACGCCCAGGGGUGAAGCUGACCUGGACAAGCUCAGCAGAGAUGCCACUGCACUUUCAGAGGACUUGGAUGAUUUGCGAAGCAAAAUCCGACGCAUGGACGUGCCAAAGCUGGCUAUUGAUGUGCAGCACGUUCAGCCUCUUGGGUCGCAGUGGAUCCCCAGUGCAAACACUGAUUUCAGCGUCCUCGCGAGUUCAGUGCUCAACGACAAGGUGAACAGCUUCAGACACGACUUGGCCACAGAGACUUGGGCCAGGAUUUCAGGCGACGAGGAUACCUGCCGCAGGCUGCUGAAACUGGAGCAAGUGCACAUUGAUUUGGACCGUCGGCUUCGCGCAUGGGAGUUGGAAAGAGAUCAAGUGAAAAAGGAGACUCCAAAGGCCCUUAGAUUGAUGAGGGAAGAGAUCGCAGAAGCAAAGAAGGACAUCGAAGAGAAGAUGACUAAGAUGACUGAGGAUGCAGCACUUGCAUUGAAGAACGAACUGAAGCAAGAGAUUGAGAAGGAUUUACAAGAGAAAAUGGCAACAAAGGCACAAGGCAUGGAGAACGCUGAAGGGCUGAAACAAGAGAUUGACAAGGUCAAGAAGGAUUUAGAAGAGAAAAUGGCAAGAAAGGAUGCUGAUAAGUUAAAAAGCGAAUUGGAGCAGCAGAUUGGGAAAGUCCAAGAGGACUUGAAAGAUGACUUCGACCAAGUCGUUUUCUGCGAGGACAGUCUCUGGAAGUCAUUGCAACGCAUGCAACGCAAGCGAGACCGCGCCAAAGAAUUCAUCAAACAAAAGAAGUACGAAGAAGCAAAAAACCUUCAAAAAGAAGUGUGGGACGCGUGCAAGGAUUUGAAGCUCAAGGAGGACGACCGCAUGACAAUAGAGGCUCAGCACCAGUACGCGACCACACUUCAGUUGCAGCGGAAGUUUACAGAUGCAGAACCGCUUCAACAGGAAGUCUUGAAAGUGGCAGAGGGCAAGUUCAAGGAUGAUCCGUUGACCUUGGAGGCUAUGCACAACCUGGCCUGCACACUGUGGCAUUUGGGCCGACUUCCUGAAGCAAAAAUCCUUUACGAGAAGGUCGUGCAGAAGUACAAGCAUGCCAAGCAGGACGAUUUGGCCCAGCAGUGUCAGAAAGAUCUUGAAGCGAUCCGGAAUGGCAAAAGUGCGGAAGAUGAGGGAGCCGAAGUCAGAGUUGCUCCUCGAGGUCCUACGUCUGGUUCACAGAAAAAGCAUGUGAUGCUGUCUGGUCGCUUCAAUAAUGACAAUAUUCUAGCCUACAUCAAGGAUGUCAAGGCUGAGCUUAAGAAGCAGAACAUCGAUGUCUUCAUGGUGGAGAAGGGAACCGGGGAAGAGUAUGCCGGAGCAACGAUGUGGGGAAUGUACAACGCAAAGGCCAUGGUGAUCUUCGGUACUGAUGAAUAUGGUGCCAAGACAGGAGCGCAAUAUGAGACGUACUAUGAGCUGCAAUAUGCGCAUCAGGAGAAGAUAUUCCUAAUUCCUUUGCAGCUGGGUGAGGAAUGGCCUCCCAAGCCUACCGACAAAGAUGGAGGAAACUUAGGGGCGAUCCAAAAUUUUUUUGUUCUUCGUCCCACCAUACUUAAAUUGGAAGAUAUCAAGAUGGAAAAGGCUGUUCUGAUGGCACAGAAGAUUGCUGAAGCCGUCCGUCGACAUGACAAGGAGGAGGAGGAGGCGAAAGGAAGUCCAAAGCAGCAGGCAUCAAGUGUUGCAGCAUCAGGGCCAUCAAGCGUUGCAGGCCCAGGGGAGGAGGCCUCUGCUGGGGCUCACUUGAAACAAGAGUAUGAGGCCGCCCAAAAGGAAUUGAAAGAUUUGAGAGAGCUCAUCCAAAAAACGAGUGCUGACAUGGAGUCCGAGAGAACUGCAACGACAAAACAGAUGGAUGCACUCCACCAGGAGUUUGACGCACUCAAGAAGAUUACUCUGACCUCAAAGGAUGUCGAAGAGAAAACCGACAAAAUUGGUGGCCAACUCCAAAACUUGAUCCAGGAAGCUCAGAAGGCCAACAAGGAUGAGACCAGGGCUGUAUCGACGAGGCUUGAUGAAGAGGUCAAACACCUCCAAGCAGAAGUUCAAAAACGAGAGGCGUUGGCCACUGACACACGGGAAUCCAAGGCACAGAUGGAGCGUCGGAUGGAUCAAGUGGAACAGCAGAUGAAGGACUCUAUGAAGCAGACUUCAGAUCAGAUAGAUUCGCACCGGCGGCGCGCCGAGGCACUCGCUGCUAGUCAGGAGGAAUUGCAGCAACAAGCGCGGCAGGCAAGAGCAAGCCUGACAGGGGAGGUUCGCGAACUUGGAGCGAAACUGGAGGAGGAUGCGAGACAACGUGGAGCCAAACUGGAGGAGGACGCAAGACAACGUGGAGCCAAACUGGAGGAGCGUGGAGCCAAGCUGGAGGAUGAUGUGAGACAUCGUAUCAAGGGCUCAGAGGAGAAGCUUCAGAAUGCAUUGGAUGAAAAAGCCAAAGAGGUGAAGACAGAGUUGAAUCGCAGGUCUGAGGAACAGGAACGAAAGCUACGGCAGGAGAUUCAGGGCUACUCCGAAAGAUCCGAUGACAUCAAAAGGGAUCUCAAGGACGAAUCCGUUCAGCAAUGGAGAUGUCGUGAAGAUGCAGCGCUUCAAAGGAUACUUCCAUUGUUUUUUGUUGGUGACAACAGAGAAGUCAAAAGAGACAUUCAUGUGGUUUAAUCAUAUGUGCUUUUGCCACAUCUCAUGCCAGAUAGUCUACACUAUGGAUUUUUGAUGCCAUUUUUGCAUGUCUGAAAGUUCUUCUGCCGAGGCCUCGCAGGACCGCGUCGCCGAAGUGGAACAUUUCAUUCAAAGAUUGAAGUGUCUGUAGUACAAUCGUUGCAUGUUCUGCACUCCCUACGAUUCACUGGUAGAUAUUGAUUGCGCUACAAAAAGCAUCAAGAAUCAUCAAAACACAAAACAAAGCUAUAAAUAGGUCUCACAACAAAUAAUCAAUAUGAUAUUGUUGACAAUGCUUGCAGCAGCUAUAGUCUUUGGAAUCGAACUUGAUCAAUCUGACACCUAUCGGUCAUGCAACAAACAGCGCUGGAAGUCGAAUACGACUCCUUUAUUUUUCGGAAGGCCGGUGGGUGAGCGAGAAGAGGAAUUGUCUUGGACCUUGAUCUAUAGGGCCUAGACGUGAUCGUGAUCGGGUAGAUGAACAGUGCACCGUCUGUGUCAACAUCUUAACAAUUCUGACAUAAGUGGGGACAAGUGACGAAAAGGAUGUUCGGGGGUGAACUUACCAAAAAGGGAGGCGAAUCUGAGCAUGUUGAUGACCGUCGCAAUUGAUCGCCUUGCGUGCUCCUAAAGCAAAGGCAAAGACAGUGAGAUGUGUGGUGUCGAAGCAGGUGUUAAUUUGAUUCGUCGAUGAUUUUGAACAAAAAGAUUACCAUAUCUUUCAACCUUCCAUGAAAGAACUUAUUGAAGGACUACAAUAAAUCCAUCACCCAAUCAUUGAUUGCGGUGCCUUCUUUUGGCAGGCGCAAUGCUUUGCGAUACCUGGGUCAUACGGAUCGAUUAUUUAAUAAUUGGCCCGAAACCUUUGAAUUAUAUAAA